UCAUUGCCGUAUGCAUCAAGCCGUCAAAACUUUGCGAUAUUGACAGACGCCAGCCAGCAGCCAGCUUUGAACUAGCUUAAUUCAGUCAGCUCAAGAAUGUCUCGUGUCUCUGUGAGCGACGCCCUCUCUCCCAGUACGGAGGAUGCGGAUUACGCUACAAAAGAGCUGGAAGCAGAACUGCAACGCCUCGCCGUUAAUGACGAGGCGGUUAGCCAGUCGAACGAAGCUAUACGUGAUGUCGUCACUGGAAUCGUUGACAAGGUGAACGAACUUCUCGCUUCUCCCGCAGUUUUCGGUGGCACAGAAGACGGCGGGCCUAAUGCCGACCGACUCUUGUCCUACCUGAAGGCCGAAAAAAGUUACUGCGCCAACGUCAGGAAGCAGACGAAAGUCAUCCCGCCGCCGCUCCAAAUCCGGGACGCGACCGAAAAGCUCACGACUUCGGAAGAGGACUCGGAAAUGCAGCGACGAGUCGCUGCGGUCCUAGACAAAGACAUCGAGUUCCGGGCUUGUAGCCAAGAGCGACAGUGCGCCGAGCUCGUCGGCCUGCUGACCGACAAUCGUGAGUCCGUUGAGGCCGCGAAGCCGUGGUCCGCGUCCGAGCCGGGUUCCACAGAGCGACCCACCGAACUGGACCGUAUUCUGUUCAACGCCGCGUGUUCAGCUCUUCCACGUCUCAUCGAGACCAGCGCCCGCGAGUGGCUGAGCAAAGUGGACGAGGAGGAGGACCACGACGAGACGCUGCACGCGUCCGCAGUAGCCGCGACGGCGUCCCUUCCAGAAGAGCUGGCGCUGUACGCCAGGCUCGCGGCAGUUCUGGACGUGGAGCAGGCCCGUUGCUCGUCGGACAUCCUGGACUUGCGCGCGGAGUUCCGUAAGCGAGCUGCAUUGGUGAGGAACUUGUUGGCCCAAAGAGAACGGUUACGCCGCGUCCGAGCGUCCUGCGAGCAGCGCGAAAGCCUCGUGGGCGACGUGACGCGCAGCGUCUCUGACGUGCGCGAUCACCUCGCUUCGAGGGUGAAACUGUGCGAGUCGCUGAUGGCAGUUGCCGACGCUCAGUCACGGCGAGAAGAUGCCGCGGUGUGCCCUGACGCUGAGCCCGUGGCCGAUCACGGAGCCACCAUAGACGAGCGCUGCGCUCGAAUGACCGAAGGCGCGGCCACGAAAGUGGACGCAGUUGAGGAACUGCAGCGCAAAAGGGCGUCCAUGAGAGGGCUGGUCGAUACGCUUGACGCCGAUCUUAACGACGCCUGCCAGGGUAGCGUAGAGACGUGGCUUGAAGGCAUGAAGGCGAAGAGCCAGCGCGACGAAAAACAGGACAUGAUGCGCGCGCUGUUCAUUGAAUUCCAUACGAUGCCGGAACGUUUCCUGCGCCGAAUGAAAUCUAUGGUUACCGCCGAUGUAGCUACUCACAAAAGCUACAAAAAUUUAGGAGCAAGCUGCGAAGUCAGUACGAAGCAGGCCUAAAGUUUACGUGCGGUGAAACCAAGAAACUUUGUUGUUCCUGUGUUGUGUUCAAUUUACGAGUUCAUGAAUUAAAAGAAAAAGCAGAACAA